AUGGAUCACGUCGCGGCGCGCCUGGAUGGGAUGCUCCAUCACCUGGAGGAUCAAGGCGUGGGGUCGAGACAAAUGUUGAAGAUCGCGCGCGCGUCGGUGUACGCGCAGAUCGUGCUCGGGAUGGCGGGAUCGCUGGCGUUCGUGUACGGUACGAUACACAGCUCGGCGCUCGCGCUGUCGCUGUACGCGGUGGUGGCGUUGGAGAUAAAGGCGCCGAGGCUGUUGAAGAUUUACGCCGUGCUGCUGUUGGUGUUGACGCUCAUCGAUUUCUUUUGGUUGGCCACGUACGCGGGACCGAUCGGGUCGUCGAACACGGGGAUGGUGAUGACGCUGGACGCGGGGAAGGUGGACGUGGACAGAACGCUGAAGUGGGGGAUCAUGGCGUCCGGGGUGAAUAACUUUUUCUGCCUCGUCCCCGAGAUCUUCGCGUUCUUCCUGCGCAUCGCCUCGGUGUUGCUCUGGGCGUUGAUGUGGAGCAAAGGUUUGUUGGACGGUUCGGAUGGUGAGUUAUACGCCGACCCUAAUAGCGCGUACGAGACGGUGCACAAACAUUCCUCGAUUCCGGGAUCGCCCGCGAGAAACGGUGUGAGAAACUCGGACGCUUUCUUCACCGGUGACGGCGGGUAUCAGGACAUCGAAGCGUGA